GCCACCACACGAGAUAGAAUGGCGGCUGUUAGAGUGCAAUCCCUGGCGGGAAGUGGGGUGGAGAGCAUACCAGAUGAGUUCAUAAGGCCACCACACGAGAGACCUGGUGCCAACAUAGAUGGCCCUUCUGUGCAAGUUCCACUCAUAGAUAUGGCUAAUUUAAGUCACCAGGGCCUCCGUGAAAAGACCAUAGAAGACAUAGGAAGUGCUGCUAGUGAAUGGGGUCUUUUCCAGGUGGUCAAUCACGGAAUUUUGGAAGAACUCAUUCAACGUCUUCAAGGCGUUGGAAAGGAGUUCUUCGAUCUUCCGCAGGAAGAAAAGGAGAGCUAUUCUAACAAUGCUGCUGCGGGUAUUUUGGAGGGUUAUGGUACCCGGCUGGCCCAUAAUAUUGAUGGAAAGCUUGAGUGGAUUGAUUACUUUUUCCAUGUUUUGUGGCCUCCUUCCAGACGUGACUUCAAAACCUGGCCUCGCCAUCCUUCCUCUUACAUAGAGGUGAAUGAUGAAUAUGCUAAAUCACUUUUGGAAGUGGUGAAUAAGUUGCUUAUAGUCUUGUCUCUCUAUCUUGGUGUGGAAGAACACACCAUGAAAGAGGAACUUGGUGGUGAGGAUUUGGAGAUGGAGAUGAAAAUAAAUUACUACCCACCAUGCCCCCAACCAGAACUUGCAUUGGGAGUAGAACCUCAUACUGACAUGAGUUCGUUGACUGUUCUAGUGCCUAAUGAAGUUCCUGGGUUACAAGUUUACAAAGAUGGUCAUUGGGUUGGCGUAGAUUAUGUUCCUAAUGCUAUCAUCGUCCACAUUGGAGAUCAAUUGGAGGUUUUGAGCAAUGGAAAGUACAAGAGUGUUUUACAUCGCAGUGUGGUGAGUAAAGACAAAGUGAGAAUGUCGUGGCCUGUAUUUUGUACUCCUCCAACAAAUAAAGUUAUUGGCCCCAUAAAAGAGCUCAUUGAUGAAAAAAAUCCUCCUUUGUAUAAUGCCAAGACUUACGCAGAGUUUAAGCAUCGUAAGAUCAACAAGUUGAAGCAAUGAAUUUAAAAGCACAACAAGCUAGAUCCGCAAAAUAAUUAGCUAUGCUUAAAAUUAAGUGAGUCUAAUUUGCAUUAAUAAUUAUAUCAAAGAUAGUUAAGCUAGAUGAAGUUUUUAAUUUGUGGUAUCAUCAUCUAAUAUGAUGUUUAAUGUAUAAAUAAAAAUGAUGAUCCUAAUAAGAAUGUGUUUUAUUCAUGUUCAAGUA